GAUCCACGAUGACAUACUCACACAUUCAUGAUUUUGAUUGUGUUGCUUCAUAAAUAUUUUUCGCCUACGAUAGCCAUGCAGGGGACAACCUGUGUUCGAUUUUUAUUAAAAUAAGUAGAUAUAAUAAUUUACAAAUUAUGGAGCAGGGCAAAUCUAAUUCACCUAGAUUAUUCGUGUGCACCGCCAUAGAAAACAAGGAUGAAAUAGAAGAGAGGUACGAGAGAGCUUACAACUAUGUCCACUCUCUGGUGGCUGACUGCAGCGAGAAGGAAGCUCACGAUGCUCUCAAUAAUGCAGUGUGCAAAAACCAUGAAGAUGUAUCACUUGGGCUACUCAUGUCCAUUCUAACGGAGCCUCAUAAUGCUACCAAGGGCUAUAGAGACCUUACUCUCAUCACCAGAGAUGGUCUCACAUGUGUGCUCAACAAUUUGACAAAUCUGAUCUUAGAAAGGUAUUUAAAAUUUCAAGAUACAACUCGAAAUCAACUUUUAUGGCUUAUUAAGGAAAUGAUAAGAAAUGCAGUUACUGGAGUUGAUAGUGUGUGUUGGAAUCUGAUGCGUUAUGCAUCUGGAGGCGAUAUCUCUCCUAAAAACAUAAUCUUAGUGGAAUCUCUACUGGACAUUUACAUUGAAAAUAGAGCUUGGCUUGACAAAUUCCCAGUGCUUAUUUGUAUGGUUGUGUACACAUACUUGAGGUUGAUAGAAGACCACAACAUACCACAACUGAUGAACCUACGACAGAAAGAAGUCAAUUUUGUGAUUGCAUUGAUAAGGGAAAGGUUUGCAGAUGUUUUGUCUUUGGGCAGAGAUUUGGUACGUUUACUCCAGAAUGUUGCUCGCAUACCGGAAUUUAGUCAACUUUGGCAAGAUAUAUUGACUAAUCCAAAAACGUUGUGUCCAACUUUCACCAAUGUUUUGCAACUCCUUCAAACUAGAACAUCACGCAGGUAUUUACAAUCCAGACUAACACCUGAUAUGGAAAGAAAACUAGUUUUUUUGACGUCACAAGUACGGUUUGGCCAUCACAAAAAGUAUCAAGAAUGGUUUCAGAGACAAUAUCUAGCAACUCCAGAAUCACAAUCUCUCAGAAGUGAUAUGAUUAGAUUCAUUGUUGGUGUAAUACAUCCAACGAAUGAAUUGCUCUGUUCAGAUAUCAUUCCAAGGUGGGCUGUGAUUGGUUGGCUACUUACAACAUGCACAUCUAAUGUUGCUGCAUCCAAUGCAAAGCUUGCUCUUUUCUACGAUUGGUUGUUCUAUGAUCCCGAAAAGGACAAUAUCAUGAAUAUAGAGCCAGCCAUUCUGGUCAUGCAUAAUUCAAUGCGGUCACAUCCAGCCGUUACAGCCACUUUACUAGACUUUCUGUGUCGAAUCAUUCCAAAUUUCUAUCCUCCUUAUGCUGACAAAGUUAGACAAGGAAUUUUUAAUUCAUUGCAACAAAUUAUUGAAAAGAGAGUGUUGCCUAAUUUACAACCAUUAUUCGAUUCACCUAAAUUAGACAGAGAACUGCGCACAACUGUAAGAGAAACAUUCAAAGAGUUCUGCAGUAACGGUAAUGGUGAAGGCGUUUCUGGAUUACGUGAUGAUAAUAAUGAAGAACUACCCCGCGGAGGCCCUGAUGAGCCGGCAUUUUCUGAUGACGAGGACGACCCACCGCCAGUCAUAGCAGAAGAUACAGAUGACGACGAUCUCCCGUUGUCAGAAGUCCGAGCUCGAGAGCGUCCUGAGCUGGCCGCAGCGUUGCCGCUAAUCUUGAGGCCGCUCGCCGAAACUCUAUUAGACGAACGUACUGCUGCUGCGGCCACUGCUCUACUUAACGCCUGUAGUGCACCGAUGCCUACGCCUACCGCUCUUGCCGACCUCUUCACGGCUGCUAUACAAGAUUUACCUCCUCUUCGCACCAGUCGCAGUCCCAGUCCCGCGGAAAUGGAUGCUGCUUUAAAUUCUCCAAUAUUUUCCAUGUUCACUUUUCUGAGAGGCACCGGCGAGGGAGCAGAAGCUAGACGAAAACUCGUAUUAGAAACAUUCAAGGAAAUCCACGCUCAAAACACUUUCCACAGUGUGGGAUUUUAUUUACUGUUUUAUUUAAAAGUUGGAUACGAACGUGAGCGUCGCUCAGAACGAGACGGGGCUAAAAGAAGGAAUAUUAAAUUCAAAGCAGACUUAUACAAAGAGUAUUGUAGCUACUUGGAGCUCAAACUCGGAGAUAGUUUAGCUACCGAUUUUGAGACGAGUCAGGAGUGUGAUGCAAAUGUUCUGGUGUGGCUGAUACCAGAUGUUUACCGAGAAUUCAAGGACCAGGCUCAAAACCACAUAAGGUUAUUGCAUGCUAUUGUCUCGACGCUGGACGCGGGUCAGCUUCAAAGGUUGGUGUGUCUGACGCUCCAGGGCAAUCUCAUGAUGUUCAAAUCCGACGAUAUCACCACAAUGCUGUCCACCAGCCUUGGUUGGGAAACGUUCGAACAAUAUUGUCUUUGGCAACUUCUUACCGCGCACGAUAUAUCUGUCGAGGACGUCUUGCCUAUCAUACCCAAACUCUCAUACAAAGACCACGCCGAAGCGCUGACAUCAGUUCUAUUGAUGCUGAAGCAGGAAAGGCCAACAGCGGACGUGCUACGACAGUUAUUCUGUAGAGACGUUGACGAAGAGGAUACAUUUGUUGUGUCAACUUUAUUAUAUUGGUGUCAAGAUUAUGAAGAUAAAGUUGGAGAUAUGCUUUCGGUGUUACUGAGCACGCGAUACCCUGGAACGAGUCCCAAUAAGCGAAAACGCCCUGGAAAACACAGCAUACCGCCUAACGCCCCACCUUCAGCUGAAUUGGUCCUUGGUCACUUGGAACAAAUGAGAGUACACUGCGUGGAACAAGAUGAUAUGUCAAUUUUCAACAUGGAAUGUAUGCAGAAAGCUUUACAACAAGCACAGUCGAAUAGUAGUGAUAGUCUAAGGAAACAGUAUAGCGAAUUAUUUACUUUAGCAUGGGAAGACGAAUUACCAAUUUCAAGGCGCGCUAGAAAAUUAGUCUCAAAUUCGUUGCCUAUCAACCAGAAUUUACAUUCAUCAAAUGACGACAGUGAGGAGGAAGAUUUCGUCAAGCCAAAACAAGCAAAACGUCGGAAGAAGGCAAUUUCAGACAGCGAUUGACAUAUCUCAUGUAAAAAGGAUCGGUAAUUUUAAACACCAUCAGCAAAUUGUAGUGUGGGACAUAGGAGGUUAAACACCAAAGUGCAACUCUACAAUACAAUAAAUAUAGUAUUGUGUAAUACAUAAUAAUUGUUUGUUACCUUAUGUUAUUAUUCAGGUGCAAUUCCAAGAAUGGUACCUUUGUUCGACGGUAUAAGUUUGCCUUUGUUUAUGUACAUUUUUAAUUUAGUAUAUGUUGUCUUAUUUCCAUAGAAUAAUUACGAAAUGUCAGUAGUUGGCGAUAAUGUUUUAUGAAUAAUAAUUGUCUAUCGAUUAUUAAUAUUAAUUUAAAUGGCUUAGGAACUACUUAUAAUAA